UCCAGUUCUUUUGCCGUUUCGUAGGCGAAAUUACGUUUCAAUUGACGUAAAGCAUUCUUAUGCCACUUAAACCAUCGAAUGGAGUUAGACCCGGUUUCAAAGGGACCAAGUGCGAUAACGAAGUCUACCACUUCUGUGAAUGUUAACUCCGUAUUACAAUGUGAAGAAAGAUCCCUGGAAUAAAGGGGAGGAAUACGCUGCUAACACGUGAAAGGUAUCUAUCUACUUAGGUAGGUAGUGUCGGGGCAGGUACAAUCUAUAGCUGACGUCAUAUCAAAGGCGAUCGAUUGAUCGCGGGUUUGUGAUGCGGCUGCCAAGGUUCUCAUGAGCCCUCCCUUAACUAAGGAUCUCUAUAGGUAGGUGCAUACGUAAUCCUACCCUACGAGGCAUCCUCUUCUUAAACUUCCCCAUCCCAUCAAACCUGAAGAUACCAAGCAUCACCUCCAAACACACAACGCACAAGAAACUCAAGAAAACACCCAAGAGAUUCCCCCACCCAAUAGAAACACAACCUGCAACAUGCCUCUCGUUGUUCCUGGUGUCACAGAUAACUCUGGGGAUUUGACCCAAGAGUGGCAGAACAAGCUGGUUGGCAAGACGGUGUCUGAUGACUCGCACAGCGAAACGAAUUUCUGCAAGAAGGACCUGCCAGAGAAGUGUCGCGUAAUCACGCCUGGCAUGAUGGUGACCAAGGACUACCGUCCUGACAGACUCAAUGUCCAUGUCGACGAAAAAGGCACUGUCAGUCAUGUUCAGCACGGUUAAGCGCAUCCCUACCUCUGCUGAGAUCUCUCCUAUUUCCCUUAUUUGACAAUACGAUACUAUGAUGCGAUUAUGGUUCUGAGCGGAAGAACGGGAGGAUGGUCCUGCGCAAGAAGGAAGGCUAGCCAACGUAGUCACUCGCUCACUCACUGUCCGUACGAAUAAUGAACAAUGAUUAUGUCCACACUUGACAUUUCACCUUCCACGUCUUACCUCCAAUUGCUUACCCAUGUACUCGGCAUGGCAGGGCAAUCUGUACUUAUUAUUCAUGAUGUUCGUGUCCCUUUGUCUGGAUAGCAAGGGUACUAUCUACUACCACGGCAGCCUAGAGCAG